UGUAUAAUUCAUGGACUCCAUACGUCAGGCCUGAUUUGACGACAUCAAAGCGGGGCAUUUGUUCGAUUGAUAGAACACCAGUGCUUGCGAAGUGGUUUUAAUAGACUUUUAUUACAAAUCUUAACUUUUGAAGUACUACCGAAAAAAAAUAUAUGAAUUGUUGGCAUGUUUCUAUUCUCUGAGCUACUGAAAUUUGAUGCUUCUGAAGAUUGAUUGAUGAAAAGAGCGCUACUACUGACGUCACAUCAAGUGCUUUGUUUUGAUUUGCUGUUCAAUCAGAUAGAUAUAUCAAUCAACAUUGGAGUUGGCAUAAAUGAUAUGACUGAUUGAUUGCUUUCUGUGUUGUUUUUCAAACGGUGGACUUCUUUUACGGUUCUAAAAUUUGCUGAAAAAUCUGAAAGAGAUUUAUAGAAGCAUCUGUAGAAACAAAACUUGUGAAGUGAGAAAAUUAUUUGAUCUGAGCUAAACAAGACUUACAGAUGAAUUUAAUAAAUUAACCGUAAACGUCCGGAAACGAGAAAUCUAAAAGAAAUUAAUAAGUGAAUAGAAAAAGAUAUAAAAAUUGAAAAAAGUAUAGAAUUGUGUUGAACCUAUUCUAAGCAUCGACAAUCAAACGCUGCCAGCAAAGUAAGAUUUUAAAACAGUGGAUUGUGAAUAUUUCUUUAGAUUUUCGUGAAACAGACUUUUGUGAGAAGAGCCGAUCUUCAUCAACAAUUUAAACAACAAAUAACUCUAUUGUAGUUCUUCAAGUUUGUCGUUUCUUCUGCCGUGUUUUAUGAAGACAAUGACUUUGGUGACUCUCAGAAACUCUUUACAUAGACUGUCCUAAAAAGGACUCAAGCUAUUAUGUAUCCAAAUUUACUGGCACAGACAUCCGUCUACUCUCCCCUCCUCCGCUGCCCCAUGCCAGCCGGUGGUUUGGUGCCCAGUCCGCUGUCCCCAGCGGCCAGUCCUCCAGUCAGUAGUUCUUUUUUGGUGGACAAUAUUCUAAGAGACAGAGCCGCGGUGGCUGCAGCGGUGGCCAAUGCCACCAGCCCAUUCCUGGCAAGACCCAUUGCGGUGUCAGCGUGCCCCGAGCAGCCCGGGUGCACGGCCUGCACCACGUGCUCUGGGUGCACCCCUCCCGGGAACAAUAAAGGACGGUGCCAGAACGGGUCCCAGAGCGGGAGCCCCGCAACGCCGUAUCUGAAGUUCGGGGUGAGUGCCAUACUAGCGGCUGAGAACAAGGAGAAGAUGGGGGCGAAAAACGUUCUGUCAGUUUCUGAACACCCUAAAUUUCAAUACUUUUCUGUCAAAGGAGACUACAAGAACAGUUAUGCCUUUUCCGGAGCUGGUGUUCCUUGCCCUCCGGCCUACACUUACGCCGCAUCCUCUGUGGCGAAACCCGUCCCGAGGCCGUUCUUGGACUCGCCUCUACAUUCCUUGGUUGCGUGCCGAAAUCCAUAUUUCACAGGGCCUAACUCCAGCCUGCCUGGUGUAACGGUGGGCUUCAACGGCUUGGGGAUCCCGACCUCCGGGGUAACGUUCCCCCUGCCGGCUACCUUCCCGUGGGCGGCGGCAGCCCGCGGAAAACCCCGCCGGGGCAUGAUGCGGAGGGCAGUCUUUAGCGACGCACAAAGGCAGGGGCUGGAGAAGAGGUUUCAGAUACAGAAGUACAUAAGCAAGCCGGACAGGAAGAAACUGGCCGAGAAGCUGGGACUCAAAGAUUCGCAGGUGAAAAUUUGGUUCCAGAACCGACGAAUGAAGUGGCGGAAUUCGAAGGAGCGAGAACUGCUGUCAAGUGGCGGAUCCAGAGAACAGACCCUCCCCACCAAGCACAAUCCCAACCCUGACCUCAGUGACGUCGGCUCAUACGUAUCCAAAGACUCGGACUGCAUCCGGGAUGAGAACACUUUCAAGGACAUGAAGAUCACCCCCUGCCACACACCGGACAGUCCGGGAGACGAUGACAGUGGGCAUCCUCAUUUGCGGCACUGCGUAGAUCGCAGUUCUGACGAAAUGGACAUCAAAGUGUUAUAAGACAAAUUUGCUGGAUAGUUUGCCGUACUAUUUCGGACAAUGAAUAUCUCAUAUUGUGACACGAAAGAUCAAAAUUCAAAGGAAUAAUAAUGACUCGAUAUAUAUGAAUGACAUCUUGAUUCCAUGCUAUUGAUGAAAUCGUAGAACCCUCUUCUAUAAACGCAUGUUGAAUAUCUAAAUUAAUAUAAAUUAUAAAAACAUUCUGACAAAAUGCCAUCUGGUUAUGUUUAGUUUUUAUAUUCUUACUUAUUUCAUGA